AGCCCCCAAGUACGUACAGAGCAAAAGAGCCGUGACUCCAGCCCACGCGGCCGCCUAGAGGUGAAGCGCAACAUGCCUGGUGCAUUUGAGCUUGAAGAGGAAAUCACUGCACUGAGGGCAGACUUGAGAAAGGAGCAGCGUUCUCGCUCCCGACAUGAGUACCAAGAACGUCGCCGCACGCCUGAACAAACUGAUUACACCGACAAGAUCAAGUUGACCAUUGCCGAGCAACGCCUCAAAGAUCUCGAGUUGGAGCGAGAAAGAGAGCGCCUCGAGAGAUACCAUGAGCGCCGCCCUUCGCCAGAGCAUGACUACACCGACAAAAUCAAACUCACCAUGGCUGAGCAGCGUCUCAAGGAUCUCGAGAAUGAGCGUGAAAGAGAGCGAUACGAAACCGAGCGAGAGCGCGAUCGACUAGAACGAGAGCGGGAUCGAGACCAAAUGGAGCGGGAGCGAGAGCGAGAGCGAGACCAACUGGAGCGAGAACGAGAGCGACGUCAGUUUGAGCGAUACAACCAGCACCACCAUCGCCAUCAUUCGCCUGACCACAGCGCCGAAGACAAGGUGAAGCUGGCACUCUCUGAGCAGCGACUAAGAGAGGCCGAGGAAAAGCUCGAGCGGGAACGGCAAGAGGAUGAGAUGAAGAACCGCGAAGAGCUCAUGAGGCGCCGAAUGGAGCUUGAGUACAUCACCGACAGAAGGGAACGCGAGCGUGAGGAAGAAAAUCUUCGAAGGUUCGAACAGAACAUGCGCCGCGAGUGGGACCUCAAGCGAGAACGCGAAGAGCGCGAGCGCGAGCGACAAGAGGUUGAAGAAGAGAAGAAACGCAAGGCCAUCAUUGCCGAGAACCGAGCAAAGAUGUCUCGGGAGCAGCGAGAAGCGGCCGAGCAGCGUGACAAGAUCCUCGCCGAUCUCGAGAGAGAGAAGCGAGAGCAAGAAGAAGAGCGCAAGCAUAUCCUCGCAGAGACUCGCCUGAAGCAAGCACGCGAGCAACGCGAGGCAGAGGAGCAGCGUGACAAGAUCCUGGCUGACAUGGAGAGACGAAAGAAACAGGAGGACGAAGAGCGCCGGCACAUACUCGCAGAGAGCCGACUCAAGCAAGCCCAGGAGGAGCGUGAGGCAGAAGAACAGCGUGAAAAGAUUCUAGCCGACUUGGAGAAGAAAAAGAAGAAGGAGGAGGCAGAACGCCAGCGCAUCAUUGCCGAGAACACGGCCAAGAUGGAGAAAGAGGCGCGGGAGCGCGAGCUUCAGGAGAAGGCAAAGGAGGAAGAGCGUAAGCGCAUCAUUGCCGAGAAUGAGGCCAAACUGGCCAAGCAGGCAAGGGAAGCAGAGGAGGCGCAGCGACGUGCUGUCGAGGACUACGAGAGAAAGAAGGCCAAAGCCGAAGCCGAAGCCCAGGCCGAGCGUGACCGCAUCAUCUUCGAGUAUGAACGCAAGAAGAUCCUCGACGCCGAAAAGGAGAAGAAGGCGAGAGAAGAGAUGAUCCUGAAGCUCAAGAUGGAGGAGGAGGAAAAGAAGAGAAAGGACAAGGAAGAGUAUGAUGCCUUUAUGCGCAAAGAGAAGGAGAGACAAGAGGAAGAAAAGAAGAAGAAGGAAGAGCAAGAGAAAGAGCUUGAAGAGGCAAUGCGUAAGAGGCUUUCCCAGUUUGGCUUCCAGGACAACCAGAUCCAAGUCCUCGUGAAUCCCGAGAAGCAACGCGAAUUGCAACAAGGCAUGCUACCAAACAACCCCAUUCCCCAGAUUGCACUCUCGCCUCAUCACCACCAUCAACACCAACACCAACAACAACAACAACAACAAUACCACCAACACCAUGCCAUUGCACCUACGCCAACCUACGCCAAGGUCCACGUCAGCCAUCUUGACGUUGAGACCCUUCACUACUAUGAUAUUCCCUAUGAAUACGAUGUUAACCCAGAGUACAUUAUCGUCCUUCGCGAGAUGUCGCAACGCGAGACGGACAUCCUCUUCGAACACACACGCCGCCUUCGCUCGAGCCACGGCAGCAAGCUCUUCAUCGAGGCCGAGGGUCGUGACAGUAGGGGCAAGAAGGAGUACGCCUUUGUGCGUAGGAAGUCUCGAUCCCGCUCCAGGAGUGCCGUUGGUGUAUCUUCUGGUCGAACCAAUGUGACCUUGGGAGAUAUGAUUUGGCGAUAGGCUACUGUCGAACUGUUGCAUUUAUUCGUGUUGUUCUCCUCCACUUAUGAUAUACCAGUUUGUUUCUUUCUCCGAUGCUUUCAGACGUUGUCCUGUUUUUUUCUUGGCUUCUCUCAUCUGUUGUAUGUAUGUACGUACGUAGCGAGUGAAUUGGAACGAUUAUGCGAACG